AUGGCGGUUAACGUUCUAUUUUACGAACUUGCAAUUUCACUUUGGGAAGAUCCGUAUAUCGGAUUCCCAAUCGGAUCAAGAAUAAAACUUAGGGAUGGAAGGCAUUUGGCCUACAAAGAGCAUGGAGUCCCAAAAGAUAAUGCACAGCAUAAAAUAGUUUAUGUCCACGGUAUUGAUAAUUGCAGGCAUGAUGCUGUCGUUGCUGAAGCCAUGUCUCCGGAAACUGUGAAAGACUUGGGGAUCUAUGUUGUUACUUUUGACAGACCUGGUUAUGGAGAAAGUGACCCUAAUCCAAAGCGAACGGUGAAGAGCAUGGCUACAGAUAUAGAGGAGCUGGCUGACCAAUUGGGUUUAGGACACAGAUUUUAUGUAAUUGGUUUCUCCAUGGGUGGACAGGCACAGAUACUGAAACCAGCUCUGUUUAUAGAUUGUUGCAUCGCAAUGCGGUUGCUUCUUGGGGAUUGA